AGUUAGCUGCUGUUACUUGGCUCUCACAUCUGGUCCCAAGCAUCCAGAGAAGGUCAAGCUCAAGAUGACCAGGCUCACAGUUCUAGCAGGGUUAUGUCUGGUGAUAUGCCACCUAGGAUCUGCCAACCAGAUGGUGUGCUACUUCACCAACUGGUCCCAGUACAGACCUGGUGAAGGCAAGUAUAUGCCACAAGAUGUGGACCCCUUCCUUUGCACCACCCUGAUCUAUGCCUUCUCCAUCAUCAACCAUAACAAUGAGCUGGUUACCUAUGAGUGGAAUGAUGAUGUCCUCUACAAGUCCUUCAAUGCUCUAAAGACUAAGAAUCCUCAUCUGAAGACUCUUUUGGCUGUUGGUGGGUGGAACUUUGGUUCAAAACAGUUCUCCAUCAUGGUAUCCACUCCUGCCAACCGUCAGUCAUUCAUCCAGUCUUCAAUCAAAUUUCUAAGGACUCAUGGAUUUGAUGGUCUGGAUCUCGAUUGGGAGUACCCUGGUGCUCGUGGAAGUCCUCCAGAGGACAAACAGAGGUUCACGUUACUCUGCAGGGAACUUGUUGAAGCCUAUGCAGCUGAAGCAAAGUCCACUAGCAAUCAUCAGCUGAUGUUGACUGCUGCAGUGUCUGCUGGAAAGGGAACCAUCGAUGGUGGAUAUGAGAUUGCUGAGAUUGCAAAGGAACUGGACUUCAUCAAUGUAAUGACCUAUGACUUCCAUGGAACAUGGGAGACGUUCACAGGACACAACAGCCCUCUGUACCGUGGCUCCCAGGAUUUUGGAGACCUAAUCUACUUCAACACAGACUUUGCUAUGAAGUACUGGAGAGAUAACGGCACCCCAGUGGAGAAGCUGAGAAUGGGAUUUGCUACUUAUGGUCGCACCUUCCGUCUAACAUCAUCAAGCACUGGAGUUGGAGCCCAAGCCAGUGGCCCUGCUUCAGCUGGUUCAUUCACACGUGAAGCUGGAUUCUGGUCCUAUUAUGAGAUCUGUGGUUUUGUGAAAGACACAACCAUUCAGUGGAUAGAGGACCAGAGAGUGCCCUAUGCUACUAAGAACAAUGAGUGGGUUGGAUUUGACACUAGGAAGAGCUAUGAAAUCAAGGUCCAAUACCUGCAGGAGCAGAAGUUUGGUGGUGCCUUCGUAUGGGCCCUGGAUUUGGAUGACUUUGCUGGACGAUUCUGCGGAGAGGGAAAACACCCUCUGCUGGCUCACCUCCGCAAGCUUCUUGAUAUUGAGCUGCCACCACUACCCCCAACCACCACUCCCAAACCCGGUGCUACCACCACUACCCAAACCACCACCACGACCACCCAUGCCCCAGGACCUGGCUUCUGCAAUGGCAAACCUGACGGCCUGCAUGCCAACCUAGAUGACAAUAAAAGCUUCUACAUGUGUGCUGGUGGUAUCACCCACGUGAGGUACUGUGGAACUGGAACUAUCUUUAGUGAUAGCUGCAAGUGCUGCGUCUGGCCCUGAACCAUGAAUGAAAACCAAAUGUAUAACUGAUGCAAAUUCUAUUAAACAUCUAUUCAACAAAAUAUAAACAACAUGUUUACAGUCAUUUACAUGAAUCACUAUCAUUUGUGUAUGGAUACAAUAUAUUUUCUUGUGAAAUGUGAAACAUUUAAAAAGCAUUGAAGUCCAUUCAUUAUUUCAGUCUGCUCAUUUAUUUGUUAAUUUGAAUAACUAGUUUCUCCCUGCACACAGUUCAGCUGUAACGCUAGGUGUAUCUCUUCAGCACUGGUGUCAGAACAAUACCCUUGUAUUUGUGCUUAUAUACAGGUUUAAUUAAAUUUCUAUAUCACAUA